GUGGAGCCAGUUCCGUGACCUGGUGGACCAGAAGAAGGAGUCCCUGAACUCGGCUCUCGGCGUGCAGAACUACCACCUGGACUGCAACGAGACCAAGUCCUGGAUCCGGGAGAAGACCAAGGUCAUCGAGUCCACGCAGGAGCUGGGCAACGACCUGACGGGCGUCAUGGCGCUGCAGAGGAAGCUCACAGGCAUGGAGCGCGACCUGGCCGCCAUCGAGGACAAGCUGGGAGACCUGGGGGGGGAGGCCCAGCGCCUGGGGGGGGAGCACCCGGACCAGGCCAGCGCCAUCACAGGCCGCCUUGCGGAGAUCUCGGCCGUCUGGGACCAGAUGAAGGAGGCCCUGAGGGCCCGCGAGGACUCGCUGGGCGAGGCCCGGAAGCUGCAGCAGUUCCUGCGUGAGCUGGACGACUUCCAGGCGUGGCUGUCGCGCACGCAGACCGCCGUGGCCUCGGAGGACGGGCCCACCACGCCGGCCGAGGCCCAGCGCCUGGAGGGCCAGCACCACGCCAUCCGCACCGAGAUCCUCAACUACGAGGAGGACUACCAGCGCAUGCGGGCCAUGGGCGAGACGGUGACGCGGGGACAGACGGACGCGCAGCACAUGUUCCUGCGCCAGCGGCUGCAGGCGCUCCACACCGGCUGGGACGAGCUGCACCGCAUGUGGGAGAACCGGCAGAACCUGCUGAGCCAGUCCACCGCCUACCAGCUGUUCCUCAGGGACAGCAAGCAGGCCGAGGCCUUCCUCAACAACCAGGAGUACAUCCUGGCCCACACCGAGAUGCCCCCCACCCUGGAGGGCGCUGAGGCCGCCAUCAGGAAGCAGGAGGACUUCAUGACCACCAUGGACGCCAACGAGGACAAGAUCAACGGCGUGGUGGAGGCCGGCCGGCGGCUGGCGAGCGACGGCAACGUCAACGCCGAGCGGAUACAGGAGAAGGUGGUCUCCAUCGACAACAGACAUAAGAAGAACAGGGAGGCUGCGGUGGAGCUGCUGAUGAGACUGAAGGACAACAGAGACCUGCAGAAGUUCCUGCAGGACUGUCAGGAGCUGUCUCUGUGGAUCGAUGAGAAGAUGCUCACGGCUCAGGACCUGACGUAUGACGAGGCCAGGAACCUGCACAGCAAGUGGCUGAAGCACCAGGCCUUCAUGGCCGAGCUGCAGUCCAACAAGGAGUGGCUGGACAAGGUCCAGAAGGACGGCAUGCUGCUGGUGUCGGAGAAGCCGGAGACGGAGGCGGUGGUGCAGGAGAAGCUGUCUGCGCUCCACGCCAUGUGGGCGGAGCUUGAGUCCACCACGCAGACCAAGGCCCAGUGCCUGUUUGACGCCAACAAGGCCGAGCUGUUCACCCAGAGCUGCGCCGACCUGGACAAGUGGCUGGGGGGUCUGGAGGGCCAGAUCCAGUCCGACGACUACGGGAAGGACCUGACCUCCGUCAACAUCCUGCUUAAGAAACAGCAGAUGCUGGAGAAGCAGGUGGAGGUGCGUCAGCGGGAGGUGGUGGAGCUGCAGAGCCAGGUGAAGGCUCUGGGUCCGGAGGUCAAAGACACGGACGAGGUGGACGGGCGGAGGCAGCUGGUGGAGACCAAGUUCCAGCAGCUGCUGGAGCCGCUGCGCCUCCGCAGGGACUUCCUGGUGGAGUCCAGGGAGGUCCACCAGUUCACCCGGGACGUGGAGGACGAGAUCCUGUGGGUCCAGGAGAGGAUGGCCGUGGCCACGUCCACCGACCACGGACACAACCUGCAGACCGUCCAGCUGCUCAUCAAGAAGAACCAGACUCUGCAGAAGGAGAUCCAGGGCCACCAGCCCCGCAUCGACGACAUCCUGGAGCGCAGCCAGAGUCUGGUGAAGGACGAGCCCCCCAGCGGGAUCCGGGGCCGCCUGGCCGACCUGCGGGGGCUGUGGGGCCAGCUGCUGGAGGAGGGGGGGCGCCGGCGGGGCCGCCUGCUGCAGGCCCACCACGCCCAGCAGUACUACUUCGACGCCGCCGAGGCCGAGGCCUGGAUGAGUGAGCAGGAGCUCUACAUGAUGUCAGAGGAGAAGGCCAAGGACGAGCUGAGCGCCGUGACCAUGCAGAAGAAGCAUCAGAUUGUGGAGCAGGCGGUGGAGGACUACGCCGAGACGGUCCACCAGCUGUCCAAGACCAGCAGGGGACUGGUGGCCGAUGGACACCCAGACAGUGAGCGAAUCAGCAUGCGGCAGUCUCAGGUGGACAAGCUGUACGCCGGCCUGAAGGACCUAUCAGAGGAGAGGCGGGGCAAACUGGACGAGAGGCUCCGCCUCUUCCAGCUGAAUCGCGAGGUGGACGACCUGGAGCAGUGGAUCGCUGAGCGGGAGGUCGUGGCCGGGUCGCACGAGCUGGGACAGGACUACGAACACGUAACGAUGUUGCAGGAGCGUUUCCGUGAGUUCGCCCGGGACACCGGGAACAUCGGUCAGGAGCGCGUGGACAGCGUCAACCGUCUGGCGGAUAAGCUGAUCAACGCGGGUCACGGGGACGCAGCCACGGUGGCGGAGUGGAAGGACGGUCUGAAUGAGGCCUGGGCCGACCUACUGGAACUGAUUGACACCCGGACCCAGAUCCUCGCCGCGUCCUUCGAGCUCCACAAGUUCUACCAUGACGCCAAGGAGAUCCUGGGACGCAUCGUGGACAAGCAGAAGAAACUGCCUGAGGACGUCGGCCGAGACCAGAACACGGUGGAGACUCUGCAGAGGAUGCACAACACCUUCGAACACGACAUCCAGGCCCUGGGGACACAGGUGCGGCAGCUGCAGGAGGACGCCGUGCGCCUGCAGUCGUCCUACGCCGGGGACAAGGCGGAGGACAUCCAGCGGCGGGAGGGGGACGUGCUGGAGGCCUGGAGGACGCUGCUGGACGCCUGUGACGGGCGCCGGCUCCGCCUCCUCGACACCGGGGACAAGUUCAGGUUCUUCAGCCUGGUCCGGGACCUGAUGCUGUGGAUGGAGGACGUGAUCCGGCUCAUCGAGACCCAGGAGAACCCCAG